AUGUUCCUCCUCGUCGGCCGCUCUUGCCCACGUCAGACCGCUUUCCUCGUCGCCCGUGCUUUCCCUCAUUACCCUCCCCGACCCUCUGGUCGCAUAUGUUCCCGUAGUGGCCCAUGCUCUCCCACGUUAACCACACAUCCCCUCGUCGCAAUUGCCAGUAGUAAACAUACCGCGCUUCAGAUCGUCACCCGCGCUCCCCUCAUCACCCUCGUCGACCCACACCGAUCCUCGCCGCCCUCACCUCCCUUCGUCACCGACAUUCCCUCUUGUCGCUCGCGCUUCCCCUCAUCACCCGUUCCGACCCUCACCGCCCUUGCCUCCCCUCGUCGCCCGCGCGUCCCGUCGUCGGGCUUGCCUCCCAGUCACUCGCGCUUCCCCUCGUCAUCCCUCUCUCCCCGGCAUCUGCCCCCGUUCCCCCCAUCCUCUUCCCUGUUUCCCCGUAUCCCCUGCCGUGCUUCCCCCCAUCCUAUCCCCUCUUACCCCGUAUCCCCUGCCCUGCUUUCCCCCAUCCCCUACCCUGCUUCCCCCCAUCCCCCUCCCUGCUUCCCCCCAUCCCCUUCCCUGCUUCCCCCCAUCCCCUGCCCUGCUUCCCCCCAUCCCCUUCCCUACUUUCCCCCAUCCCCUGCCCUGCUUCCCCCCAUCCCCUUCCCUGCUUCCCCCCAUCCCCUUCCCUGCUUCCCUCCUUCCCUUUCCCUGCUUCACCCCAUCCCAUCCCCUGCUUCCCCCCAUCCCGUCCCGUGCUUCCCCCCAUCCCCUUCCCUGCUUCCCCCCAUCCCCCUCCCUGAUUCCCCCCAUCCCCUUCCCUUCUUCCCCCCAUCCCCUCCCCUUCUUCCUCCCAUCCCCUUCCCUGCUUCCCCUCGUCCCCUCCCCUGCUUCCCUCCACCCCCUUCCCUGCUUCCCCCCAUCCCAUCCCCUGCUUCCCCCCAUCCCCUUCCCUUCUUCCCCCCAUCCCCUCCCCUUCUUCCUCCCAUCCCCUUCCCUUCUUCCCCCCAUCCCCUCCCCUUCUUCCUCCCAUCCCCUUCCCUGCUUCCCCUCGUCCCCUCCCCUGCUUCCCUCCAUCCCCUUCCCUGCUUUCCCCCAUCCCCCUCCCUGAUUCCCCCCAUCCCCUUCCCUUCUUCCCCCCAUCCCCUCCCCUUCUUCCUCCCAUCCCCUUCCCUUCUUCCCCCCAUCCCCUCCCCUUCUUCCCCCCAUCCCCUUCCCUGCUUCCCCCCAUCCCCUUCCCUUCUUCCCCCCAUCCCCUUCCCUGCUUCCCCCCAUCCCCUCCCCUUCUUCCUCCCAUCCCCUCCCCUGCUUCCCCCCAUCCCGUCCCGUGCUUCCCUCCAUCCCCUUCCCUGCUUUCCCCCAUCCCCCUCCCUGAUUCCCCCCAUCCCCUUCCCUUCUUCCCCCCAUCCCCUCCCCUUCUUCCUCCCAUCCCCUUCCCUGCUUCACCCCAUCCCCUCCCCUUCUUCCCCCCAUCCCCUUCCCUGCUUCCCCCCAUCCCCCUCCCUGAUUCCCCCCAUCCCCUUCCCUUCUUCCCCCCAUCCCCUCCCCUUCUUCCUCCCAUCCCCUCCCCUUCUUCCCCCCAUCCCCUCCCCUUCUUCCUCCCAUCCCCUUCCCUGCUUCCCCCCAUCCCCUUCCCUGCUUCCCCCCAUCCCCUUCCCUUCUUCCCCCCAUCCCCUCCCCUUCUUCCUCCCAUCCCCUGCCCUGCUUCCCCCCAUCCCCUUCCCUGCUUCCCCCCAUCCCCUUCCCUGCUUCCCCCCAUCCCCUUCCCUGCUUCCCCCCUUCCCUUUCCCUGCUUCACCCCAUCCCAUCCCCUGCUUCCCCCCAUCCCCUGCCCUGCUUCCCCCCAUCCCCUCCCCUGCUUCCCCCCAUCCCCCUCCCUGUUUCCCCCCAUCCCCUUCCCUUCUUUCCCCCAUCCCUUCCCCUGCUUCCCCCCUUCCCUUUCCCUGCUUCACCCCAUCCCCUCCCCUGCUUCCCCCUAUCCCGUCCCGUUCAUGUUCCAUCCCCUUCCCUGCUUCCCCCCAUCCCUUUCCCUUCUUCCCCCCAUCCCCUUCCCUGCUUCCCCCCUUCCCUUUCCCUGCUUCACCCCAUCCCCUUCCCUGCUUCCCCCCAUCCCUUUCCCUUCUUCCCCCCAUCCCCUUCCCUGCUUCCCCCCUUCCCUUUCCCUGCUUCACCCCAUCCCCUCCCCUGCUUCCCCCCAUCCCGUCCCGUUCAUGUUCCAUCCCCGUCCCGUGCUUCCCCCUAUCCCCUUCCCUGCUUCCCCCCAUCCCCUUCCCUGCUUCCCCCCAUCCCCUGCCCUGCUUCCCCCCAUCCCCUCCCCUGCUUCCCCCCAUCCCCCUCCCUGCUUCCCCCCAUCCCCUUCCCUUCUUUCCCCCAUCCCUUUCCCUGCUUCACCCCAUCCCCUCCCCUGCUUCCCCCCAUCCCGUCCCGUUCAUGUUCCAUCCCCUUCCCUGCUCCCCCCCAUCCCCUCCCCUGCUUCCCCCCAUCCCCUUCCCUGCUUCCCCCCAUCCCCUUCCCUGCUUCCCCCCAUCCCCUUCCCUGCUUCCCCCAAUCCCCUUCCCUGUUUCCUCCAAUCCCCUUCCCUGUUUCCCCCCAUCCCCUUCCCUGCUUCCCCCCCAUCCCCUUCCCUGCUUCCCCCCUUCACCUUCCCUGCUUCCCCCCAUCCCCUUCCCCGCUUCCCCCCAUCCCCUUCCCCGCUUCCCCCCAUCCCCUUCCCUGCUUCCCCCCCCAUCCUCUCCCUCCCCAUGUACAAUCGCUAAGAAAAGGGGGGACGCACGCGCAACAGGGGGGCAGCGCAGCAGACUUGUGUGCAAUCUCAGUGACUUUGGACUCCCCCCACUCCUCUCAUACUCCCCAUUCCUCUCAUACCCCGCACUCCCCUCGUACGCCCAACUCCUCUCAUACCCCACAGUCCCCUCAUACCCCCUGCUCCUCUCAUAUCCCUACACCCUCGUUCCAAACUUCCCACUCCCUUCAUAUCACCCACUCCUCACAUACCCACCGCUAAUGUGA